UUCCACCAUGACCACGGCAGGUGUUUUUGUGCUCCUCUCCUUUGUGCUUUGCUGCUUCCCAGAUGCUGCCUUUGGGGUUGAGGUGGACUGCAGUGUGUAUCCCAACACUACAAAUGAGGAAGGCAAAGAGGCAUUGGUCUGCACCAAUGUCCUCAGCCCCAUCUGCGGUUCCGAUGGAGUCACCUACAGCCAUGAGUGCCUGCUCUGUGCCUACAACAUAGAAUAUGGAACCAAUGUCAGCAAAGACCAUGAUGGAGAAUGCAAGGAAGUUGUCCCUCUGGACUGCAGUAAAUAUCCCAACAUGACAAAUGAGGAAGGCAAAGUGGUGUUGCUCUGCAACAAAGACCUCAACCCCGUCUGUGGUACUGAUGGGGUCACCUACAACAACGAGUGCCUGCUGUGUGCCCGUAACCUAGAGCCUGGAACCAGUGUCGGCAAGAAGUAUGACGGUGAAUGUAAGAAGGAAACUGCUACAGUUGACUGCAGUGACUACCCUAAACCUGCCUGCUUGCUUGAGUACAUGCCUCUCUGUGGCUCUGACAACAAAACAUACGACAAUAAGUGUAGCUUCUGCAAUGCAGUCGUUGACAGCAAUGGGACUCUCAGUUUAAGCCAUUUUGGAAAAUGCUGAGUAUUGGUGCUGAGAGAAUUCAUCACAGGAUCCCCACUGGCAAAUCCCAGCUAAAGAUCUCACCUCAGUUCAUCUCGCCCUCUGGGGAACUCAGCUCACUCCAGAUUUUCUUUCCAAUAAACUUAAAUCAGCAACA